UUACUGCAUCCACAGUUGGGCAGAUUUAGGCACGAAGCAAAACCUUCUCCAUAGCACAACCGUAUAACUAUCCAAAUCUUUUCUUUCUGAUUAGGUUUUCUUGGUUUGAAGUUUCCCCUCCUUACUCUACUACUUGUUCCAUCCUUUACUAUAUAUGUAUACAAGAAGUCCUUUGUGAGAUUCCUAGCAGAUUCUUUCUAUCCUCUGUCAAUUUCUGGAAUUAAUUUGGUUUGAACCAGCAAUUUGGGAUUCUUGGAGUAGAUUGCAAGUACAACAAAAUUUAAAGGUAUUCCUGCAUUAGGGGGAUUUCUUUUGGAGGUAUACUCUAACUUGUCCCUGUUAAUUUCUUUUUGUUACUUCUCAAUGGAUAAAUCAUGGAUUGGAAAGCCACAGACCUCAAAUGAAUACUUGCUUGGUUUGGAUAAAUUUCUUGAUUUUGCAUUUAAAAAUGCGGCUGUGGAUGAUACAAUCAGAUGCCCAUGUCCCAUGUGUUGUUUUGGCAAGUGGAAAACUAGAGACGAAGUGCAGGAUCAUUUGGUUUGCAAGCCAUUCCCUCAAAAUUAUGUUAUUUGGAAUAUUCAUGGUGAGAAAAAGCUAUUAGAGUCUUCUGGAGAUAGAGUUGUUAUGCAAGAGACGUUCCGUCCAGAAAAUCCAAUAGAAACAAUGAUUAGUGACGCAUUUGGGCAGUAUAGGCAGCAAUCGGCUGAUGUAGGAACAUCUCAACCAUUUGGUUCAACUGAAACAUCAAAUGAGGGGCAUAGGGAGGAUACUGGUGACUUUCGCGACUUUCUCAAAGAUGCAAGUGAAACACUGUAUGAAGGGAGCAAGUAUACAAAGCUAGAGUUUUUAAUAAAAUUGUAUCAUAUAAAGGUCUAUUGUCGAUUAAGUGACAAGGCAAUGACCAUGAUACUAGAUUUAUUGAGAGAUGCAUUUGAAGAUGCAAAGUUACCUCCUUCUUUUUAUGAGGCCAAAAAAACAAUUAGCAAACUUGGCCUUGACUACACCAAUAUACCAGCAUGUCCAAAUAAUUGUAUGUUAUUCUGGGAAGGUGAUUCUGAAUUGGAAGCAUGUAAGCAUUGUGGUACAUCUAAAUGGAAUCCUAACAAGAAAAACAAGCAAGCUGCAAAGGUUUUGCGUUACUUUCCAUUGAAACCAAGGUUGAAAAGGUUAUUUAUGUGUCGCAAGACUGCUGAGCAUAUGAGAUGGCAUGCUUUGGACAGUAACUCAGAUGGGUUGAUGAGGCAUCCAAGGGAUGGGGAGGCAUGGAAGACAUUUGAUCAAACUCACUCUGGAUUUGCUUCUGAUCCUCGAAACGUUCGGUUGGGCCUCGCUAGCGAUGGUUUUAAUCCUUUUGGAACAAUGAGUACUAGCUACAGUAUUUGGCCAGUCUUCUUGAUUUCGUACAAUCUUCCUCCUUGGAUGUGUAUGAAGCACACCUCUUUCAUCUUAUCAAUGAUCAUUCCAGGCAAGCAGAUGCCUGGAAAUAAUAUAGAUGUGUACUUACAGCCUCUUGUGAAGGAAUUGUGUGAGUUAUGGAAUGAUGGUGUUGAAACGUUUGACUCAUCAUUGAAUGAAACUUUCAGAAUGCAUGCAGCUCUUAUGUGGACAAUUAGUGACUUUCCUGGAUUAGGUAUCCUCUCUGGCUGGAAUACACAUACUGGUUUUGCUUGCCCAACUUGUAACUUUGACACAGAACCUUGUCGUCUUGUUCAUAGUAAAAAGUGUUGUUUUAUGGGUCAUCGUCGUUUCCUGAGAAGAAAUCACAGGUUCAGAUUCAACCGAGUGCGCUUCAAUGGAAGCACAGAGGAGCGGAAUCCACCAAUAAAACUAUCAGGAUCUGACAUUUUGAGACAAAUUGCGGAAGGUAAAGGAGCAAAGUUGGAUGGUAAAAGGAAAAGAUCUAGACGAGCAACUAAACAAUGGAACAAGAGAAGUAUAUUUUUUGAACUUCCUUAUUGGCAAUCUAACUUGUUGCGUCAUAAUCUAGAUUUUAUGCAUAUUGAAAAGAAUAUAUGUGACAAUAUCAUAUAUACGUUGCUCCAUGAUAAAUCAAAAUCAAAAGAUAAUGAAAAUGCCCGAAAGGAUCUAAGAGAAAUGGGCAUAAGGCGUGAUCUUUGGCUGAAGGAUAAUGGAUCAUAUAACCUUGCUGUGUUUUCACUAAUGACUGAUAGCAAAAAGAAGGUGGACACCAAAAAGUUGUUUCUUACAACUUUAAAGAAUAUUAAAGUACCAGAUGGCUACUCCAGUAACAUCUCCAGAUGUGUAGAUUUGGUACAAAAAAAGAUUUUUGGGUUGAAAAGUCAUGAUAGUCAUAUUAUUUUAGAGCAAUUUCUACCACUGGCAAUUCGUAAUGUAUUGCCUGACCAUGUAGUUACCGUUCUGGUGGAAUUCUGCUCAUUUUUCAGAGCCAUCUCUAGCAAAACCUUGAAUAUUUCAGAGCUAGAUAUUCUUCAAGAGCGCAUUAUAAUCACACUUUGUCACUUAGAGAUACUAUUUCCUCCAUCAUUUUUUACAGUAAUGGUUCAUUUAUCUGUUCAUUUAGUAGAGGAAGCAAAACUCGGAGGUCCAGUGCAUUACCGAAACAUGUAUCCUGUGGAGAGGGAAUUAGGUCAUUUUAAGCCCUUUGUACGGAAUAAAUCACAAUCAGAAGGUUGUAUAGCUAAGGGUCACAUAGCUGAAGACACUCUUACCUUUUGUUCUUACUAUAUGGAGGAUAUUGAAACAAGGUUCAAUAGACCUAGGCGUGUCCGUGAUGAUCCAAACUACAUUCAGCCUUCUGGAAUGUUGACUAUCUUCCCUCAGCUAGGUAAACCUGCAUCAGCUCCAGAAAAUUACCAUUUAGCUCCUAUGCAGAAACUACAAGCUCAUCGAUAUGUGCUUUUGAAUUGUUCAAUAGUCACACCAUUUGUGGAAGAAUUUAGACAACACAUAAGGAGGAGUUCACGAGGAAGAAGACCUUCACCUACAGAGAUAGAGAGGAAAGUUAAUAAAGAAUUUGUAGAUUGGUUCCAAAAACGGAUUAUGAAUCCAGACUCAAUAGACACAAUGUCUACUGAUCUAAAGUUUUUAGCACGAGGUCCAUCUGUAAAUGCAAGAAGAUAUACUGCAUAUAAUAUCAAUGGGUCUAAAUUUCGAACUUUGGCUCGAGAAGAAGGUCUGAAAACACAGAAUAGUGGAGUUUUCUUAACCUCUAAAACAUCAUGUGUUGCAAGUAGCUCUGAUGGAAAUUUAAGGCAAGCGGAGAUACCAUAUUAUGGGAAGUUAGAAGAUAUUAUUGAGAUCAAUUAUAAUGGACGAUUCAAGGUUGUUCUUUUCAAAUGUAAAUGGGCUGAUACUACUCGAGAUAGAGGGUAUCAAAAGGAUCGUUGGAAUUUUAAUUGUGUUAAUUUUGAUAAACUGAUUCACACGGGUGAACGUGAAGAACAUGAGCCUUACAUCGAAGCAUCUCAAGCACAACUGGUGUUCUAUGUGGAUGAUAUUGUCAAUAAAGGUUGGAGUGUUGCUGUGCAUCUAAAGCCAAGAGAUAUGUACGAUAUGGGAGAAGUAAUAGAAGAAGAAGUAUAUGAGAAUGAACCAUACCAAGAGCAAGAACUUGAACAGUUUUAUGCUGAUGGUGAUGACUAUGUACAACUAGCUACAGAUCAUAUAAUUGAUGAUAUAGUAGAUCCAAAUGUUGCUACUGACCUAGCAACAAAUGCAAUGUCUGAAUGAGUUUUAUGAUUACCAUUAAUACUACCAGUUCUUUUUGAAGUAUGUUUGGUGCUUAUGUGUGAUUUUCUUUAAUCUGAUUUGGAAUGAAUUUUGUCAUCAUUUAUCAUUCAAUGAGGCUUUGAUUAGACUAA